UAUGAUUUAUAUCUCUUGAGGUAAUACCAUUGCUGUUUAACAUCUUCCAUUUCUUCCUAUAUAAACCAUACCGAUUCUUCAAUCGGUUACGUAACUGAAAUCCGAAUAUCACGCUUCCGUGCCCAACCGUCUCAACAAACCUCUCUUUCUCACUCUUAAACUGUUUGAUACACACACACACUCUCUCUCUCUCUCUCUACACCUUCAACAAUGGCUAUUGCUUAUCCUUCUUCAAGAACCGAAACGUCGUCGUAUUCGCAUUCAUAUUCCUCUGCCUUCGCUUCCUCAUCGGUAGCGAGUUUCGCUCCACGCGCUUCCCCUCUAAUGAUGUCAUCCUCCUCCUCUUCCGCCGCGAAAGUUAAACUGCACGGUCAUCGUACUACACCUCCGUCUCCACCGUCUCCGUCUUCAACUGUGAGAUUCUCAGUCGAACAACGACCGGAAUCUCCCGGACGCCGAUCGAUUACUGUAAAGAAGGAUACAAGAAACAGCAACGCGGUGCCGUCGUCUAGCGAGAAGAGGACUCGAAAAUGCAUGUGUUCUCCGACGACACACGCUGGUUCGUUCCGGUGCGCGUACCACAAACGCAUGGCGGAGCAAGAGCAACAACGGCGAGAGAAACAGCAACAGAAACAACAACAGGUGCAGCAGCAGCAACAACAACAAGUGCAUCAGCAAACGGCGUGGUCGAGAAGUAGAAAGCUAAACCUUCGAAGGUCGGCGAUGAAGAAUUCGCUUGUGCGAAUCGGAGUGGAAGGUGAAAUUGUGAAGAGGACUCUAACAACUCUAAUUAGACCUUCGUCGCACGAGCUUCGCCGACGGGAAGCUUUUCAACCGAAACCGAGUCGGCUCUCUAUCAUGUCAAAAGCUCAAGACUAGUAGUAGUGAAUAUCUUCAUUCUCUCUCUCUCUUUUUGUUCUUUAUUUUUCCUUCUUCUUUCUUUUGGUGUAGAAAAUACAAUAGACCGAAUUAGUUGUGGUAAAUUUUUGUGUGUAGUUAGAGUUAAUUUGUUAAUAGCCAUUUUAUUCAUUUCGAGUUUAUAGUUUUUUUUCAUAGGUUAUAGCAUUUUUUAUAAAUUAUUUUAAUGAAUUUUUGAGUUUA